UGAUCCCCGGACACAACAUCCAACGACAAUUUCGACUAACCCACUACUUGCCGUUUUCUCCUUCUCUUUAUAGACUUCUGUCCGUUUCCUAUUAUUCCGUCAUUUUUUUUUCUCUGUUUCUUCUCCUUUUUUUAGAUUUUUUUUUUUGUAAAUUACACCGGAAAUUUCGAAAAAUCAGUUUGUGCUUUGGUGUCUCCGUUUUUACGCAGUUAUUUUCGACCAUUUUUUUUAUUUAAAAAAAAAAGAGAGAGGGGAACAAAAAGAAGAGACAAAGAGACAUGUGUGGAAUACUUGCCGUUUUGGGGUGCUCCGACGACUCUCAGGCCAAGAGAGUUCGUGUUCUGGAGCUUUCUCGCAGAUUGAAGCACCGUGGGCCGGACUGGAGUGGAAUCUAUCAAAGUGGAGACGCGUACUUGGCACAUCAGAGGUUGGCCAUCAUCGAUCCUGCGUCCGGUGACCAGCCGCUCUUCAACGAGGACAAGUCCAUCGUCGUCACGGUGAAUGGUGAGAUUUACAACCACGAGGAGCUGAGGAAGCGUCUGAAAAAUCACAAGUUCCGAACUGGGAGUGACUGUGAUGUCAUAGCCCACCUGUACGAGGAAUAUGGAGAGGACUUCGUGGACAUGUUGGACGGCAUAUUCUCGUUCGUGUUGUUGGACACACGUGACAACUCUUUCAUGGCUGCUCGUGACGCCAUUGGAGUCACUUCCCUCUACAUCGGCUGGGGAUUGGAUGGAUCUGUGUGGAUAUCGUCGGAGUUGAAGGGAUUGCAUGACGAAUGCGAGCAUUUCGAGGCGUUCCCUCCCGGACACUUGUACUCCAGCAAAUCCAGAGGCUUCAAGCAAUGGUACAAUCCUCCGUGGUACAACGAGGCUGUUCCUUCCACCCCAUACGACCCUCUCUCUCUCCGGCUCGCCUUUGAAAACGCUGUGAUCAAGAGGCUGUUGACUGACGUCCCUUUCGGAGUUCUACUCUCAGGGGGACUCGACUCUUCCCUAGUGGCAGCCAUCACAAGCCGCCACCUGGCUGGUACCAAAGCAGCCAAGCAAUGGGGAGCCCAGCUGCAUUCCUUCUGCGUGGGUCUGCAGGGUUCGCCCGAUCUGAAGGCGGCGAGGGAGGUGGCAGACUAUCUGGGGACGGUGCAUCACGAGUUCCACUUCACAGUGCAAGAUGGGAUAGAUGCGAUAGAGGACGUUAUAUACCACGUAGAGACUUACGACGUGACAACGAUUAGGGCAAGCACCCCAAUGUUCCUCAUGUCCCGCAAGAUCAAAUCCCUCGGCGUCAAGAUGGUUCUCUCUGGUGAAGGCUCUGACGAGAUCUUCGGUGGCUACCUCUACUUCCACAAGGCCCCCAACAAGCAAGAGUUCCACCAUGAAACCUGCCGCAAGAUAAAGGCUCUUCACAAAUACGACUGCCUGAGAGCGAACAAAGCGACGUCCGCAUGGGGACUAGAGGCUCGUGUCCCGUUUCUAGACAAAGAGUUCAUCAACACAGCCAUGUCUAUUGAUCCCCAUUGGAAGAUGAUCAAACCAGAAGAAGGAAGGAUUGAGAAAUGGGUUCUGAGAAGAGCAUUUGAGGACGACGACCGUCCAUAUCUGCCAAAACACAUUCUGUACAGGCAAAAAGAGCAGUUCAGUGACGGUGUUGGCUAUAGUUGGAUCGAUGGCCUCAAAGAUCACGCUUCUCAACAUGUGACAGACAAGAUGAUGGUGAACGCUGCACAUAUCUUCCCCCACAACACUCCCACCAGCAAAGAAGGUUACUACUACCGGAUGAUCUUCGAGAGACUCUUCCCACAGAACUCGGCAAGGCUGACGGUGCCAGGAGGAGCAAGCGUGGCCUGCUCCACUGAGAAAGCCGCCGAGUGGGACUCCAACUGGUCCAAGAAUCUCGACCCUUCUGGAAGAGCCGCUUUGGGAGUCCACCUCUCAUCCUACGAUGCCAAGCUCCCUCCUAAGAACCCCAUCGACGACAUGCCCCUCCUGAUGGCCGUCAACCCCAUCCACACCUGAUUCUAAUGUAUAUUUAUCUCCAUCAUGUAAACCUGUUUCCUAUUACGACAAGGUAAUAAUCGUGUCUCUGCGUACGGACAUCAAUGGAAGUUUCUUGUAUCCGACAA